GACUGCUGCGCUUGAUUAACAAGCAGAUCGCAAGUUAAGAAUUACGAUUUAAAAGUGGUAAACAUACAGACAAACAUAUAUAUAGGGCGUCUGGCGUUUUCUAACAAUGCAAAUCAUUUUUCAUGAAAACUGCGCGUACGUGUGUAAAUCGAAUUUUUGAAUGAAGUGACAUUGAUGUGAUUUUGCGCAACGGUAAAGCAUAAAUCGCACCCGCUGCUGUCAAGUAAUGUGUAACUAACUAAACUCACUUACUUAGACGAACGAGCACACUUCACAGCACUUCUGCAAAUACGCUUAUGAGCGAAGGUAGCGUAGAAAAACGAGCGCGUCAAUAAAGUGUUAAAUCGUUUAAGUACUGUUUAUAUUGGCGUGGCACGUGUUUUCCCCGUUUUAGUACCUUGUGCACAUGAAUGUGUGAUGUUGCCGACGACAACAUUUCGCCGCCGCAAUGGCUACGAGGAUCUGGACAAGUGCAAUCAAUCAUUAGAGGAAUAUCUGCCGAACGUCCUUGUGCGCGCCGAGGGUCAAACAGCAUGGGCAGCGACGCCAACCCAGUUGGGUCAACAAAAGCAGCAAACUAAUCGUAUUUUCUCAAUCUCAGAUACGGCAUUAAAUGUAACACCACCGAAAAAUUCCAACACGCCGGCAGCACCUUUAAGCAGCCUGUCCCAACAGCAAUCAACGUCGCACGCUUCACACAAUCAAUCUACGCUCAGUCUCAAUAAUGGCAUUAGCCUUGGCUCCAUCGUGUUGUUGCCCGGUCCCUCACGUACGCAAAGUUAUGCCAACCUGAACCAUGAGUUCUAUGCUGCUAGUAUGUAUGGUAGUGGUGCCGCCAAAAAGUGCGGCAACUCCUAUAUGCGCAAGGAAAAUUUGCGUUUACUUUGCUUCGCACUCUUUUAUUGUGUGUACUUAGCAAUCGGUAGUGUUUGCUUUCAAAUUGCCGAAACGCCGAUGGAGGAGUCAUUGCGUAGCACUGUGCGUCAACAACGCACCGAAUUCCUGCUGAAGUAUCCACAAAUAUUGGAUGAAGACCUCGAAGAGUUUCUCAAAGCCGUGAUAACAGCCAACGAUCGAGGCAUAUCACCGUUACGCAAUGCAACAAAUGAAAUGAACUGGAGCUUUGGUCAGGCAUUCUUCUUCUCAAGCACCGUGAUAACAACAAUCGGAUACGGCCAUGUAACGCCACUUAGCCAAACGGGGAAAAUAUUCUGCAUAAUUUAUGCGGCCAUUGGUAUACCACUCACGUUGGUGCUAUUGAGUGCGAUGGUGGAGCGGCUGUUGGUCCCGGCCAGCUGGUUGUUGGGCACUUUGAAUUCGAAAUUGGGUCAUCUCUAUCAGCCCUUCAAUAUACGACUUUUGCAUCUAAGCAUUGUGGCUACGCUUGUUAUCGUCUUAUUCUUUGGUAUACCAACCGCAGUUUUUGCUUAUAUUGAACCCGCCUGGGGUGCUUUGGACGCUUUCUACUAUUGUUUCAUCUCAUUGACAACUAUUGGGUUGGGUGAUUAUAUACCUGGCGAGGGUGUGACCAUUGGCAAUCGUUCCAUGUACAAAAUAUUCAUAAGCGGUUAUUUGAUUUGUGGUCUCAUUGCAAUGAUGUUUGUGCUGACGAUCUUCUAUGAUAUACCGCAACUCAAUCUAGGUCAACUGUUCACUGAAAGCACAAAUGGUGAAACGGAAAAGUUGCGCCUAUCCGGCAACAAUACCACAUGCUAUUCUGGCCCAUCAGGUCUGUAUAUGCCACAGCGUGAUGAGGAUACUAGGCGUGCCGUAGUUCGCAUACGUCCACACGGCGACGAUUCACCCAGUCCCGAUGAAGCACCAUCUUCGCUCAAUAGCGACAUAAGAGUCCCAUAAGCAUAGACUAGGAGCGGCAUUUGCCGGAUGAAUUGACGGUGAAGAUGGCGUUGUUGGAGCAACUACUGCGUACAUGUACGUAUAUAUCGUUGGCAAAACACUUGGCAUAUCCUAGAAACAACAUAAAAUAAUCCAAAACCGUACUCGUAUCAUGCACUCAAGUAACCACUCUACAAAAGUACAUACAUAUGUACAUAUGUAUGCAGUUUUAAGGUAAAUAAGGGAGUAUUUAGCACAUGCCCGUUACCAAGCAUAUGCCAGCGGGCCGGUUACAAACUACAUUCUAUCAAUUGCCACUUUAAUUAAUUAUUUUUUUAUUUAAACAAAUGAAGCAUAAACAAAGACAAAUCUUUUGAAUGUACAAAACGAACAGCAUACAAUACAAAAAAUACCUAUUUAAAUUGCUCUACUCAAAAACUAUACUAUUUUAAGCAUUAAGUAAAAAAAAAAAACAUAGAAAAACUAUCAACUUCUUGGCAAAUGUCAUGAAACAUUGUAGAAAUACUGUAAAGCUAUCAUAAAAAAGCAAAGUGUUGAAUGUUGCAAUUCUAGGGGGUAAUGUAAGGUGCAAUUAGUUGCAGGUCUACUUAUUUCUAACGGUAGUUUGUAGUUGUGGAAAUUAUAAACAUAUGUAUAUCAAUUUAUCAUAAUUAUGUGCACUCUAGCAGACUGUGCGGGCAAGUUUAAAUUCAGGUCCUAUACAUGUAUGUAUAUAUAGCUAUGUAUAUCGCAUGAUCGGACAGGAAUGCGUCUAAUAUUAGAGUGCUUCAAACAUAAAAGAGCAGAAUGUGUGGUUUUUCGCUUUUAUUUACAAAAAACAAAAACAAUACAAUUUUUUGUGCUUAACGAAUAAUGGGAGAAAACAAAAUAGCAUCACUAAAUAUAUAAAACAAAAGGAGUCAAUACCUAGUCGCGUAUCCUUUAUUAUCAAGAACAGCCUGUAAGCACUUUGGAACUAUUUUGACAAAGUUUUGAUCUACCUCCGACUCUAUGGAGUUCCAAGCCUGCGCUGGUGUUUGUAUUGGUUUGAGUCAGUUGUGUUUCAACCGAAGCCUUACAGUGCCCGUGUGUGCUUGGGGUCGUUGUCUUAAUAGAAAGCAAUAUUUUUCGCGCUACCCUACUUCUCCGCACUUUGUGAUCAAGUUCGGCAUUUGGUUUACGCCACACAAACAUUUUGCCAUCUGAGCCCUGCAAAUUAAAUUUGCUUAGGUCAGUGAAAACUAUCAAAUAAAUGUAUUUUGAGAUGAAAUAUUGUGAAACUAUAUGAUUUCAAAAGUCUUCUGAGUUUAGUAAAUAUUCCUUAGCAUAUUUCAGCCUUUUGUUAUUCGAAAGGCUAAUGAAAGUUUAUUUUUCUGGCAAUUUUUUUCGGUAAUCGGAUUUUGUGUAACGUAUUACGAACAGUAUUUAGGCAAACAUCUUUUUCAUUUCGAAUAUUUAGAUAAUUUUUCAGUUAUUUUGCAGUUUUGAAAUGAUCUUCUGUGGCUUCCUUUAGUAUAGAACGCCCUUCUCGUACAAUAAUAUCUAACCGUGACCUUUUUUUCUUUACUGUUGAUUUAAAUAGAUUUUCCUACCAAUUCAGCGAUUUCAUGCAUGAUUUCGUCUUCACCAUUAAAUUUAAUACUAAUUGACUUAUUUCCAACAAAACUUCUCUGCCACCAAAUAUGACUGAGUGAGACAAAAAAUGCAAUUAUCAAGCUGUUUUGAUCCGAUUAUUCGUUGAGAGCAUAAAAUUGAGUUAUUUAUUUUUUCUACGCAAAUUUACAGUUAUCAUAAAGGAUAGUUGUUGUUUUUUUUAUUGAUGAGAGAGAUAGGAUUAUGAAGUGUAAAUAAAAGCAAAAACAACACAUUCUACAUUCUCUUGUGUUUUUAUGUUUAUAGCAAAUUAAUAUUAGACAAACUCCUGUUCGAUUAUGCAAGGGAGCCACAGUACAUACAGUGGAUGGCGAAAGUCUGCAAACGGCAAAUUUUUAUUUUUUAAUCUUUUUAAUUGGCCAUUUUAGUUUUCGUAUUUAUUAUAUUUAAUUUAAGUCGAUAAUCAAUUUUGAGGUAAUAUAGUAAUCCAAAACUAUCAAAUAAUUAUUUUGAUAGCUAACCUAAAAAAAUAUAACAAUAUGAGCACUUUUACGUUAUGAUCACGUAAAAGUGCUCAUAUUGCAAUAAUAAUGGAGAACAUGCAUGUUUAUAUAAGGUAUGUAUAGUAAAUAUUUGUGCUUAAAAUUAAAGGAUUUAUUUGGCAUAGAAUGAUCAAAUACAAAAAAAAACUUUCGUAAUGAGACUCUCAUAGCAACCCUCGCCCAUAUAACAAAAAAUUGGUACAGUCGAUUUUCACUAGCAAAUUCAUUCGCCCCAGAUAGGAGCAGGUUGUAAUCAAUUGGUGUCGGGUCCUGACUGCAAGGUGGUGUCCAUCUUUGACGCAUGCUCGAACAAUACUCAUUCAAGAAAUCACGAAAUUGUCUAAGAAGUGGUUUUAGUACGAAAUCCUAUCAUUCCGACUUCUUAGAGCGUAACCACGUAAGUUACAGAAAUAGUGAAUAUUUUUACUAAACCUUAUAUGCCCAAAAAACUUGACCCUUAUUUCACUUAAAAAGUGCAACAACUAAGGAAUUUUUUCUGCAAACUACCAAUUCUCUUCAGAAUAAAUAUUUGUUAGUUAGAUAUCAGUUAAUGUUCGAAGAAAAACUAACGUACGGGAGCAGACUUUUGUCACCCACUGUAUAUUUUAAUGUCUUUAUAAACUUUGAAUUAGAAUGUUUAGAAUUAGUUAUGUCCUACUCAAAAAGGCGUUAUUCGAGUAUUUUUAUUUACAAUUAUUGGCUAUCUUCAAAAUACAUCUGCUUUUCAGUUAAAAUGAUUUUAAAAAGAUUUCAUUUAUAUUACUUUUGUCCUUUUAGCCACUAAUACCACAAAAAGCGUGAAUUUUUAGUUAAUUUUGCUCUCUGAACAUUAAUGUUCUAAAUGUAGCGAAUUUGGUCAAAAGUAGGGAAUAAGAUAUAGACUGAUUAUGGACGAAAGUUAUAUAUGUAUAUAUAUAUAUAUAUAUAUUGCUCGAUCAAAUGAAAUGAAGAAUGAUUUUAUUAUUAAUUAAUGUUUUACAAAAAAUAUAGUUGAAUACAGACACUAAUUCUAAAAUUAGAAAAUCAAUACAAAUCUAUAGAAUUUAUAAAAUCCUGUAACAAAAUGACUAAAGAAUUUUAUUAAAAACAUUUUCCCGUUUGAAGUGCCGCAAAAAGUUUGACUAAAUCUGAUAUGAGCGCGAUUUCAAGCAGAGAAUUUCAUAUUAACAUUUGAAUUUUAUUAUUUGACACCUUUUAUGAAAUUUUGUUUAAGCUUUAAUAAUGUUUUAAUUAAUCUUAGAGAGCACUAAUGUUGUGUAUGUAUUUGUGAUGUUUUAAUUGUAAUAUAAUUAUUGAAAAGCGUGCAUAUACUUCUGGAUACAUGAAUAUUUAAUUGCCUAUAAAAAAAUACAAGAAAUAAUUCAAGUGAAAGGAAGUAAAAAAUGGAAAACAUGAAAACUAAAAUAACACACAUUUUUAAUUCACAUACAUACAUACAUAUACAUAUGCAUAUAAUUACCGACAUGAAACAGACAUUUUUUAUAUUCAAAUAGGGAUUAUUUAUAUAGUAUAAUAUACCAUAUGUACAUAUAUUAGAAUGAAUGGCCCGCAGAUAAUGGACAAUGCUUUAUUCGAGACAUAUUUAAGGAAUAUUCUAUGACGACAACAACAAUAAACACAAUAAUAUCAAUUUAAUAAAUAUUCUUAUGUAGUUUACUUUAUAAGAAUAAAUAAAACGAAGUGAAAUGUAAUAAUAAAAGUAUAUAAUGAUCAUAAAUGAUAUGAAGAGAAUACUUCGGGCCUUCCCAUUAAACAAAAUGAUAGUGAAUUGUAUUUGUUCCGUUCCAUAAAAUGUUAAAACGUACCAUAAAUGAAAUAUACAAUGCGGAUAGGUCAAUAAUAAUAAAUAAUAAACUGUAUUUUAUAAAUAACAUAUGACACACAAAGCUAUGUAAAGAUACCAGAUAAAAUGGGGUCGUUUGUAACUCAAACAUAAAUAAUUAAUAUAAUAAUGAGCAUGAAUAAACUAAAAGUGAAGUAAGAGUACUAUUGAAUGAAUUUCUAUUCAAAGGGUUUGUUACAUGCAACGAUUAUUGGAAGGGCCCAUAGUAUUUAAUAAACAUAUGUAUGUUUGCUGAACCUUUUAUGUACCUAAAAUAUAAAUUGUAUUAUACAAGUAAUUUACCAGUAUAAGUAAGCACAUGUAUGGUUAUUUUUUCGCAGUAUAAAAUUAAAAAAUUUAUUCAGUAAUAUAAAGUUAUACAAGAUUUCAUUUAUUUAGUUACAUACGUAUAAUGUCUGAGCACGAUCAUCUAUAUAUUAUACAUACAUAUCUAAGUUCACAAAAAAAAAAAUAAAUAAAACGAAUAAACACAUAUAUACCCAACAUAUUGUAAGUAAGUACAUUAAAACGCAUCUAUAACAUUUGAAAAGUGUUGCAAUAGAUAAAAUUGUUACAAGAGUAUAACUUGUCUAAAGUAUGUAAUCAUAUGACCAAAUAAAUUAAUCAUGUGUAGUGUGAA